CGCUGGGCUUCUGCUGCUGUCCGUUCGUUUCUCGCGUGCGUCCCCAUUCAAUGGUUCACCUCCGAAAAUUUAGUUGAUUGCGUGACAGUGAAUUCGCUGAGCUUAGCGACAUCGACAGCUGGCUUCGAAAUGGCAACGAGCGUCCGUAGAAGUAAGACUGAACGCAUUCAGCCCCUAGCUUCACGACGCAGCAUCGCCUAUGAAAGGAUUGGGCUUCCAAGUGAUGAUGAGACCGUAGUGUACUGCAUGGACUGCUCAAGUGGGGCAGCUUUCAGCCCUUGGUCUGAGCGUACAGGGCCUACUGCGACUUCCUCAUGGGAUGAGGACUUCUAUACUAGCGCUGCAGCCCAAGUUCAACAAACCCUUGAAGCCAUUGAUGGUUACUUGUAUGAAGAAAGUGAUAAUGAGCCCAGAAGUUCCGUCUUGAAUGGUGAACUCAAGCUUGAGUGUGAACGAUGGAAGCAACAGUUUCCGCACUUACGUGUGACAGGCAGGAGGCUUGCCUCUCCAACAGCAGCUGUUACAAAGAGUAUCAUAUUGAAUGGUGGCUCUACCUCAACAGAAAGCAAGUGCAACUCUGAGACAAGCUGGUCGGCAGAGGACGAGAUGCUAAAGAAAAAAGUUAUUGAUCAUCUCUGUGCCAUUUUUUGGCCUGAGGUUCACCUUUGGUUAGAGAUGUCAUACCAGCAUCCGGCCCAUGAACACCUAAGCCACCCGCGGUGCCAUCCACCGAGGACCGCCGCAAGGGCCAACUGUUCGCGCCAACGGCCACCCGCCAAAGAGCACCACUUAUCUCUUAUGCGCCGCCACCCAGGCUUGCCACCAGGCAUCACCGCCGGCGCUACGCACUAACCAUGAUGAUGAUGGUGGUGAUAAAUCUCGCAAGCACAACGCCACCUACCGCUCAAUUGUUUUGACCCCUAAAUGUGGCUUCUGCGCGAGACACGUGCGCUACAGGCACGAAAAACUUUACACGGAGUGUCAGCACCCCCACAAUGUUUAUUGUACA